CUUUCAAAUUCGAAACCCACGUGUAUGUGCUUUUAACUUUAAAGCGGUUUCGAUUUAACGUAGAAUUUCGGUGACAUUUAAUUAAGAAUUUAAAUAGUUAUUUAAUAAAAACAUAGACCAUCAAAAUGCAGCAUGACGACGUUGUUUGGAGUGUAAUAAACAAAACUUUUUGUUCACAUAAAGUACAGACGAAGUCACAAAGAUUUUGUAGAAAUGAAUACAAUCUAACAGGUUUAUGUACACGUUCGUCAUGCCCGUUAGCAAACAGUCAAUAUGCUACAGUACGAGAAGAAAAAGGGAUUGUUUAUUUGUAUAUGAAAACUGCUGAACGUGCACAUUUUCCAAGUAAAACAUGGGAAAAAGUAAAAUUAUCUAGAAAUUUUGAGAAAGCUAUACAUCAAAUUAAUGAAAAUUUAUUAUAUUGGCAAGGUUUUAUUAAACAGAAAUGUAAACAACGAUUCGUUAAAAUUACACAGUAUUUGAUACGUAUGAGAAAGUUAAAAUUACGUAGACAAAAAUUAUUGGUACCAUUACAAAGAAAAAUUGAAAGGCGUGAACGUAGACGAGAAGAAAAAGCUUUGGUUGCUGCUCGAAUUGAUGAAGGCAUUGAAAAAACAUUAUUGGACAGACUUAAAAAAGGAGUGUAUGAAGAUUUGUAUAACAUACCACAAACAGCAUUUGAAGAUGCGCUUAAAGAAAAUGAGGUAGAGAGUGAAAUGGAAGAUGAGGACGAAGUGGAAGAAGAAAAAGAAAUAGAGAUGGAUAAAGAAGUAGAAGCGGAAUUACAAAAAGAAUUUAUUGAAUAUAAUAGUGAUAUGGAUGAUGACUCAGAUGCUGAUAGCGACAGUGGACAACGUGAAAAAGUUGAUUUAGACUCAAGUUUCGAAUCGGAAACGUCUGAUAUUGAGGAUAUUGCUGGACCAUCAACGACAAAAGAAACAAUUUCUAAAGAAAAAUCAUUAAAGAGAAAGAAACCACAUGUAGAAAUCGAAUACGAAUAUGAAACAGAAAAACCGUCAAAAGUUAAAGCUUAAUAUUAUGAAUU